AUGGAUCUUUAUAAAACUAAAGAUAAUAAAAAUAAUAAUAUAGAACAAUUAAAUAAAUUAUUAGAUAGAAUAAUUGAAAAUAAUAAAAAUAAAAAUAAAAAUAAUAAAAAUAAUAAUAAUGAAAAUUUAAAUGAUGAAUAUGUUGAUUCAAUUUUAAAGUACUGGAGUAGUAAAACUAUUCAAUCUAAUGAAAGCAUUGAUUUAAUAAUUAAAUUUUUAAAACAUUAUAAUAAUCCAAGAAUAAUAAUUAAAUAUAUUUGGGACUAUGUUGGAAUUAAUCCAACCACACAAGAAUUUUCAAUGGUUGUAUCAGAAUUAAAGAAAUUACUUAUGAAUGAUCUAAAACUUAUUCAUCAUGUAGCAUUAUCAUUUAAAUCAAUUUUCAUUCCUAAAGAAGAAUCUAAUUUUGUUAAUCAAUUAGUUCAUGAAUCAUUAUCAACUCCAAAUACAACAAGUACAACAACAAGUACAACAACAAAUGAAGAUAAUAGUUAUAAUGACUUGGAUCUUUAUAAAUUAUUUAUAAAGACAUCAAAAGAAAGUACUAAUCAAGGUUUAACAACUAUAGCAUCAUUAAUUGAUAAAAUUUUAUUAUUAAAUAAUAAUAAUAUUCAUCUUCAUCGAUUAAUUGAUAUUCUAAUUGAAAAUUCAAUUCAAUUCAACCCUAAAUUAUUAAAUUAUAUUUUAAUAAUAAUAAAUAAAAAACAAAAUAUAAAGGGAUACCAUUUUGAAUUUAUAUUUAAAUUAAUUGAUUAUUUAAUAGAGAAACAACAUCAAAUUAAUAGUAAAUUAGAAGGUAUAGAUUUUAAGAGUUUUUCAAUUGACCUAUUGAUUAAAUUAGUUACAAAAGAUUUAUUAUCAUUUGAAUCAUUAUCAAAUGGACUUGAUAACUCAAUAUCAAUAUCAACAUUAUCUUUUAUAAUUGUUGAAUUCUUUAAAAAGAUUAAAAACUUUAAUGAAUCUAUUACCACAACUUUUUCAACCAAUUUCACUUCUCAUACAAAUCAACAACAACAACAACCACAACAACAACCACAGCAACCACAGCAACAACAACAACAACAACAACAACAACAACAACAACAACAACAACAACAACAACAACAACAACAACAACAACAACAACAACAAGAUGGUGAUGAUAAUACUACAACUGAAACUAAAGAUAAAAAAUCACCAUCACCAAAAAAUCCAAUAACUUCAGAAACAAUUACAACAAUUCAAAAAUGGUUAACUUCAAUGUCAAUUUCUUUAUUUAAAUCAUCACCAAAAACUUUAAUUAAUAUAUUAUUACAACAUUUAGUAAAUAAAGAUGAUUAUGAGGAAGAGGAUGAGAUUUUACCAAUUACUUAUAAUGGUAAAAAUUGUAGCGACUAUGGUAAAAAUGGUGAAAUAUUUAUAGGAUUUUUAAAUAUUUUAUUAAUACAAUCAACUUCUUAUCAUCCAUAUGAAAUUCAUGCGAUUUCAGAUAUUUUAAAACCAAAACUAGUAUCAAACGCAAAAAUAAAUAAAGAAACUGAAACAAAAUCAGUAAUAGAUGUGAUAUUAAAAAGAUGUUUUAAAUUAUUAUCAUUAAUAAAAGACAAAAAAAAAAAUGAAAAUGAAAAUGAAAAUGAAAAUGAAAAUGAAAAUGAAAAUGAGAGUGAAAAUGAAAAUGAAAAUGAGAGUGAAAAUGAAAAUGAAAGUGAAAAUGAAAAUGAAAAUGAAAAUGAAAAUGAAAAUGAGAGUGAAAGUGAAAAUGAAAAUGAAAAUAAAAAUGAGAGUGAAAAUGAAAAUGAAAAUGAAAAUGAAAAUGAAAAUGAAAAUGAAAAUGAAAAUGAAAAUGAAAAUGAAAAUGAAAAUGAAAAUGAAAAUGAAAUAAAAACUCUAGAGGAUAAAAUAAUGAAUAAAAGAAAACUAAUUCAUAUCUCAAUUGUUUUAUCACAUUUUUAUGAUCACAUUGAUACUUCUUUUAUAAAAGAAGUGCUUGAUUAUGUAGAUUUUAUGGGUUAUACAAAUAAAAAAAAACACGAUUUAACAAUUAAUUAUUAUUUAGUGGAUCUCUUAAUUUCAAGUUUAGAUUUAUUUAAUAAAGUUAACAUUGAAUUUAUAAUUUCAUUUUAUUUAUUACCAUUAAUUAAAUCAUUUGAAAUAUUUAAUAAUGGUAAUGAUAAUAAUGAUGAUGAUGAUAAUGCUUUGGAAAAUAAAAAUAUAAAAAUGUUUAAUUCAGAUAUAUUACAAAAACAAGAUGUUUGGGAAUAUUUAUCAAGAGUAUUAAAAUGUUUUUUACUAUAUAUUGGUAGAUUAGAUAAAAAUAUUUUAAAUGAAUUAAUACCUAAUCAUAUUUUAAAUACAUUAAAUGAUUUAAAUGUAUUAAAACCAUAUUUAAUUAAUAUGAAAAAUAAUAAUAAUAAUAAUAAUAAUAUCAAUAUCAACAAUAAAAAAAAAGCAAAAAAAGAAUUAAUUUUAUUAGAAAAAGAAAUUCAUAAUAUUUAUUGGGAAAUUAAACUUUUAUCAAUAAUUUCAAAUAAUAAUACCAAUAUUGAUAAUUUAUUAGCAAAUUUAUUUUAUAUUUAUUUAUUGGCCAAUAAAUUGAAUGAAAAGUUAGAAUAUCAUUUUAUAAGUAGUUCGAAUUAUUCAAAUAUUGAUGAACAAGAUGAACAAGAUAAAGAAGAAAAAGAUGAAGAUGAUGAGAAUGAUGAAGAAGAAGAAGAAGAAGAAGAAGAAGAAGAAGAAGAAGAAGAAGAAGAAGAAGAAGAAGAAGAAGAAGAAGAAGAAGAAGAAGAAGAAAAUGAAUAUGAAAUAAAUUAUAAUCCUUAUGAUUUUCAAAGUCCAUCAAUUGAUGAAGCAUUAUCAACAUUAUCAAUUGAAACAUUAACAACAUCAAUUAUUUCAACAUCAUUAGAUUCAAAUAAAUUAACUUCUUCAAAAGAAUUAUUAUUAUUUUUAAUUAAAACUUUAAUUAAUCAUAAUUCUUUACUAUUAUUAAUUAAUGAUAGUAAUUCAAAUAAAAAUAAUUUAAAUGAAUUAUUUCUUAAUCAAAUUAAAAUUAGUAAAGAGAAAUCAAAUGAAAUCUUAAGUCUAUAUUCAAGUUUAUCAAUAGUGUUACCAUUAAAGAUUUGUUUACAAGAUAAUUUUAUAAGUUGGUUAAUUAAAUUCACAUUUAUUGAUUCAAUUAGAACAUUGAAUGGAAAUAAAAGAAAAUAUUCAAAUGGUAAAUUAAGUAUAGAUUCUUUUUCUGAAUCUCAAAUAAUUGUAUCUUAUUGUUUACAAUUAAUUAGAAUCUUUCAAUACUUGUCAUUAAAGUCAAAUAAAAAUGCAUAUAAAUAUUUAUUUGAUGACUUUUUAUUAAUUUUUAAUAAAAAUGAUAAUUCAAACACAAAAGCAACAACAGCAACAACAUCAUCAUCAUCAUCAUCAUCAUCAUCAUCAUCAUCAUCAUCAUCAUCAUCAUCAUCAUCAUCAUCAUCAUCAUCAUCAUCAUCAUCAUCAUCAUCAUCAUCAUCAUCAUCAUCAUCAAAUAAAUCAGAUAAAUAUCAAUUUGUUUUAGAUUCAUUAAUUAAAAUAUUUAAAUGUGCUGAUGAUAAAUUCAUAUCCUAUUUUAUUGUUGAUAUUAUAAAAUCAUUGGCAGAUUAUUGUAAUAGAGAGAAUAUAUUAAUUAAUUUAGAUGAACCUUCUUUAUAUUAUAGCUUAUUAGAGACAACCUAUACUUCAAAUAAUCAAAAUUUAAUAUCAACUAUCCUUUUACCAAUUGGUAGUAGUGGUGGUAAUGGUGGUGGUGGUGCUAAUGGUAAUGGUAAAAUCUUAUUUAAAUCAAAUGAUUUCUUAAUGGAUUGUAAUAAAAGAAUUAUAAAUAGUGAUGGUCCAUUAAAUUUAUUAAAUAAUAAUAUAUUCUUUGAUUUAAUCGAAACCAUUUAUUUUAAAAAUGAUAAUCCAUUUGGUUUAUUAACUAUCAUUCAAGAAUUUGUAAACUCAUUAUCAUCUGUCAUUUCAAAAUAUUGUUCAAAAAAAUCAAUUAUUAAUUACUUUGAACAUGAAAAAUAUAAAUUUAUAAAUUCUGAUGAUUCAAAUAAUAUUGGUAAAAUGCUUUUAAAGUGUAAUUUAUGUUUAAUAUCAGAAAUUCAAUUCAUUGAUAUUUUUAGUAGUAAUGAUAAAAAUAAUAUCAAUAGUAAUAUUAAAAAUUCCAAUCAAUCAGAUUUCUUAUUUGGAUUACUUGAAUGUACUAUCACUUUAAAUAAAAUACUAAAUUAUUUCUUUUCAAAAUGUUUAGGAAAGUUUGCAAUAAAAUUAAAUAAUCAUUUGAAUGCUUUAAAUCAACUAUUUGAAAAAUCCAUCAUUAUCAAUUUUAAAAUGUUUGAAAAUUCAAAUUUAAAACAAAACCCUGUCAUAGAAAGCUUUACCAAAUUAAAGAUUCAAUCCCAAAACUUUGCAGAACUUUUAGAAAAAAAUAAUCUAUUAGAUAGUAAAAUUUUAAAAGAAUUAAAGGAAAACUCCAAAAUUGAUGUUUUAAUUGGUAAUGAAAUAGUUGAAAAAAUUAAAAAAAGAAUAAAUCAAAAAAUUAAUAAUACUAUCAAUAAUGAUGAUAAUAAUAAUAAUAAUAAUAAUAAUAAUAAUAAUAAUAAUAAUAAUAAUAAUAAUAAUAAUAAUAAUAAUAAUAAUAAUAAUAAUGGCAAUAAUAAAGAAUUGGAAUUACUUGACCGUUUUGAAAAUGGUAAUUUAUAUGGAAAUAAAAGAAAAUUAAAUAAAGAAUAUCAACCUGAAAUAAGUAAUGGCAUGGUGCAAAUCUUGAUAGACAGUCAUUUUGCAAAGUUUUCUAAAUCUAAAACUGGUCAAAGUAAACUCAAAAAAAGUAAACCCGAUGAAAGUGAACUUGAUCAUGCUGAACUUGAUGGAAGUGAACUUCCUUUUAUAAAUGAAGAAAUACAACCAACAACUACUUUCUAUUGA